AUAAUCCACUUUUUGUUCCCACUGUUUGGUCACACCGUUACACGUUGUGGUUACCUUGGUAGCAAGUAAUGAAUAAGGCAGCACUGUUGAAAUAAUUUGAUUGGCUAUCAACAAUGACGAAGGCCGGAAAGCAUUGUGGCGCUGCCGUGUAGUGCAACAUGGCAGCCUCCACGAAACAGAAGAAAGUAACACUAUCUGUUGCCCAACUUUCAUCUAAUUCACCAGACGAAUUCUUGUCGGCUUCCAAAAUUCUGCUGAAGUUUGCUACUAACAUUUUGUUUCAUCCAGAUGAAGUUAAAUUUAGAUCGAUUCGUUUAGGGAAUCCAGUUAUACAGAACAAGCUGCUGACGGUUGAUGGUGCCAUGGAAAUUCUGUUUGAUAUGGGAUUUCAAGAGGCAGGUGAGUUUUUGAAACUACCACUGGUUGCACCUCUUGAUGAUCUGCGAAAAAUUCAAAGAGAACUUAUACAAGAGCGGUUAAAGGUUGUUGAUCAGUACACAACCAUAUCUACUAGCAAUCCUGCCUCUGUGGCAGCAUCAACUGCGUGUGCUUCACAACAGUCCACGGUACCGGAUGUGACAUCAAAUGAUAUUGCACAAAGAGAAGAAGACUUCCUUGCACGACUAAAAUCCACCGUAAAACACGUGCAGUUAUAUGAGGACAAGGCACUGCAAGAGAAGGCAAGGGCUGUCAUUCCGAUAGAGAGACUGACAAAACAGGCAGAAGCGACAGUAAGUGCAAAACUGCAAAAGUCAACAAUGGAUGUGAGAGACUUUUUACUAUUGGAGCUUCUUGAAUGGUUCAAGGAAGAUUUCUUUUCCUGGAUGGACUCUCCUGAUUGCAGUCGGUGUGGAAGCACUACACGCAGUGUUGGGAGUGGGCAGCCCACACUGGAGGACUUGCUAUGGGGUGCUCAGAGAGUUGAAGCAUACCAAUGCACAACUUGCUCGCAGCAUGAACGCUUUCCUAGAUACAAUCAUCCGGGGAAGCUGCUAGAGACGAGGACGGGCCGAUGUGGAGAAUGGGCGAACUGCUUCACUCUCUGCUGUAGGGCACUAGACUUUGAUGCUCGUUACGUCGUGGAUGCGACGGACCACGUUUGGACAGAAGUGUAUUCUGACAGUCAGGGCCGAUGGCUGCAUUGCGACCCAUGUGAGAACAAGCUGGACACACCUCUGAUGUACGAGGUGGGCUGGCGUAAACAGCUCACAUAUGUCAUCGCCUAUUCCAAGGACGAAGUUCAAGACGUCACGUGGCGGUACAGCGCCGACCACGCUGCGCUGCUUACUCGCCGCCGCGACGUCCCCGAGGACCGCCUCCUUGCUGCCGCCAGCGCCCUCACGCGGGAGCUGCAGGCGGGCGUCAGCGACGACCGCCGGCGCCACCUGGAGCGAUGCAAGGUCAGCGAACUCGUCGAGUUUCUCUCGCCGCGCCGUGCCGCCGAUGACGCGGAACUCGGAGGUCGACUCUCCGGCGCGGCGGCGUGGCGCGCGGCGCGUGGGGAGGCGGGCCGGCACAGCGGGGGCCACGUGUUCACCCCAGAGCGCGCCACCGAACUGCGGGUGCGCUACGACGUCGUCGCGGACGAGUACCGUCGCAGCGGCGCGGCGGGGGAGGCGACGACGACGACGCGCGGCUGGGAGGCGUGCGUGUACGAGGCGAGCGGCGCGCGACGCAAGACCGAGCGAGACUGGAAGAUGGCGUACCUCACACGCGUAGAGGGCGCCGAUGAAGCCACCGUGUCCUGGAAAGUGGACUGCGCGGGUACGGGCCUCACGAUCGACUAUGUGUCGGUAAAGGCAACGAGCAAGACGUUUGAGACGGGCCGAGUGACAUGGCAACUGUGCAGUGCAGACCAGUGUGCUAUGCUGCAGGGAGGUAAACCAAGUUCUGUUCCUCUAGGCUAAAUAUUAAAUGUAAUUAAUAUUAAAAUUAAUGUAAAAAAAAUUUUUUCAAGGCUUUUUUCUAGUAAACCGUGUAAUCCUAUCUGGUGCACUUAAUUUUGUCAAAUUAGUUUCAAUCGUUAGCGAUUUUGUUCUAUAGUCUAUACAUCUUUCGAAGAAUAGAGUGGUCUGCUUCGUUUCAGUCGACAGCUUUCAGCAUGGUCUGUCCAUUAUUGCACAUGUAGCAAUUCAC